AUGGAGAAGGAAGAACAAGAAGAAGUGAACAUUAAAGCGAGGAAAGAAUACACCAUCACAAAAUCCAGAGAAAGUUGGACGGACGAAGAACACGGGCUGUUCGUGGAGGCUAUCGCGCUAUACCAGCGAAACUGGAAGCAAAUCAAAGAGCACGUGAAAUCGAAAUCGAUCAUUCAAAUCCGUUCGCACGCGCAAAAAUAUUUCUUGAAGAUUGAAAAGUUGGGCACCGGGGAAGCGGUGCCGCCGCCGAGGCCGAAGAAGAAGGCGAGUCGACCGUAUCCGCACAAAGCGGUGAAACCACCACCACCAGCACCGCCGCCAUCAGCUAAAGUAGUAGUACAUGAGCAGCAGCAACAUGAAGUACCGGUGAAAACAACAGGCGAUGGAACUGCUGAUGCCACUGCAACUAAGAACGGUUCGUCGUUAGUAGAAGCCGCCUCUGGUCUCCCGUCUUCUCCUUCGAAGAAACUCUCGCCGAAGAAACAGUUGCAGAAGCAAGAAGUAUCGCAGAGUAAUAAUUACAAUAAUAAUACGAACGCGAGCGACGAGGGUAAUAAGAAAGCGAAGCAAUCGACGCCGAAAAAAGAAAAGAAAGCUGCAAAACCGAAGACUACUGGAACGAAAAAGAACGCCAACACUAUGAAGAAGAAUACGAAAACACAGAAAUCCUCCUUGCUUCAUCCCGGAAACGAACCGCCGACGGAUGACUUAUUUAGAAGCGACGAUCAACUUGCGGGUAUGGUCGAUGACGAAGCAGAAGAUGAUGAAGACGACGACGACGAGAAUAAUAGAGAAAUCAUGAAUAGCAACGACGCCUCUGGUGGCGGUUCGGCGGAAGACGACGCGAUUAACCGUUUAGUAGAUAGCAACAACGGCACGGCGACAACUUCGUACAAAGAAACCGGCGGUCAUAAUAAAGAGUUGAUGAUGACUGCGACAGAUUUCAUAAACAACAAUAAUAUUAGUGACGAGGACGAUAAUAGCGGCGGCGGUUCUAAGAGUAACCACCAAUGCAUGACGCACGAAUACAUCACGCAGCAAAUGAAUGAAAUGCAAGAGCAAGUUCGAAAUUCCUUGACGGGCGCAACGUACGAGGUGCAAAAAGGAUCAAAAAGGAAAGCACCGAACACCCCAACUUCAAAAGGUACAGACAGAAAAAAAGGCAUCGGUUCUGGAGGUCCCUCGCGUUUGGGAGGCUUUCAUCAGCAACACCAACAAAAUACGAACCAGUCUGCACACGGCUCGAACUUAGGUGGCGCGGGGCAGCAAGUGAACGGCGGCGACCAGUUGCAACAUUCGGCUUGGAAUCCCACGCAGAACAAUUCGCUGACCGAUGCGCAAAGAAAGAAAGCGAAUCAAAACACGCCAAACUUCCAAGUCGUGUACUCCACGUUUGCGAGAAUGUUGGAAAACGAUAGCAUCUCUGCAGAAGAAGCGGCGGAGAAUUUACAAAAUAUGCGACCGAUUGAUCGAGAAACGACCGUUUUACUCGUCGAUAACUUGAAGAAGAAUUUGCUAUCGAAGCGAAUGUGGGAAGAUCAAAUGCAACUCGUCGGCAGUGGGUACCAAACCUUCUUAAACGCCUCUUCCGACGCGAGCGCGGAGGAGAAACAAGCCAAGUUGGUGGAGAGUGCGGUGAACUCUAUGAAGUUUAACAGCGAAAGUGCUCGCGAUGCGACCGCGGCCACGCUUACAAGUGACGCGCUCGUGCCAACGUCCAUGGCGACGCAGCAAACGCGGCCAUAUCCAUACAUGCAAAUGACGAAGAGAGAUUCCGAUGGCACGUUUGAGGAAGCCAACAACGGAGACGAUAAUAACAACACGAACACGGAUUCCGGGAACAACGAUUCCGGGAACGAAAAGAAAGGAUCUGAUGGCGGAUCGGGUGGGACUGGACAAUCUCAACAAACCUUUGUGGAUGUAGUCACUGAUAAGAAGCGUGCAGCGGCAGCGGCUGUUCAAUAA